AUGGAUGAGAAUUGUCCUCAUGUAGUCAUUAUUGGAUCUGGUUUAGCUGGCUUAGCUGCCGCAGAGUUAUUAUCUACUUGUAAGGAGAAAGUUAGGGUAACCAUUCUGGAAGCCAAUAAUCGAGUUGGUGGUAGAAUCUUUACCAGAAGAUUGCAAGAUAACAGUCCCAUUGAACUAGGAGCUCAAUGGUUUCAUGGCAAAGUUGGUAAUCCAUUAUAUGAUAUUGCUGCUAAAAGCGAUAUUGCGACUCGAAAAUCAUCAUAUAACGAUCGCUUUUAUACCGAGAACGAAACUAUCGCUGAGCAAUCUGUUGGUGAUUCGGCAAAUGAUUAUUUUUCAUCUAUAUUGGAGAGGAUCUAUGAUCGUCAAUUAGAUGAUGUUCCAGAACAUAUUCAGAAUGUCGGUCAAUUCUUGGAUGUUGAGUUAAAAAAGUACUUGGAUGAUAUCCAAGACAACUUUGCGAGAGCAGUCAGUGCUAAAGUAUUUCGUUAUCGAGAUAGGGAAGAAAGUCAUACAUCCGGUUGCAGCACCCUUCACGAUGUUCAUCUUCGAGACUUUGGCGAAUACCUUGAGUUGGAAGGAGGCGAUCUGGCGGUGAUAGGUGGGUAUGACAAAGUAUUGCAGACUAUUAUUGAUCGUAUUCCCAAAGAAGUAAUUCGACUUAAUCAAAUGGUUGUAAAGAUCAAGAGUAGUGAUAAUAAUGAACUAAAUGUCGAAUGUUCCGACGGUAAUGUAUACAAGGCGGAUAUAGUAAUUUGCACUGUAUCACUUGGUAUAUUAAAAAAUCAGGCCAAAGUUUUAUUUCAACCUAACCUACCGGCUAAAAAAUUAGACGUAAUUGAUAGGCUAGCCUUUGGUGUGGUAAAUAAAGUAAUUUUCUACUACGAGAAGCCGUUCUGGCCCAAAAAUCAAUUCCGUAGAUUGGUAUUUCUUUGGAAUGAUGAAAUCGAUGACAAAAAUUGUGGUUGUAAGUUGCCGCUUGAAGAUGAUGAAUUAUGGCUAAAACAUGUAAGUAGUGCACAUAUCAUAUUGCCAUGUCCAAAUGCUUUGCUAUUUUGGUUUGUUGGUGAGGACGCUAUUCGUGUAGAAAAAUUGAGUGAAAAGCAAUUAUCCAGUUACUUGACUCGCGUUCUAAAGAAAUUCAUAGUGGACAAAACCAUUCAAGAACCUGAUAUCGUUAUAAGAACAAAAUGGCACGAAGAUCCUUAUGUUCGUGGUUCUUACUCCUACGUAAAUACGAACGCUUGUGGGAAAGAUAUUGACGUGUUAGCUGAGCCUAUAUUAGAUUAUCAAGGUCGACCUUUAAUAUUAUUUGCCGGCGAAGCAACAGAUAGAAGCUAUUAUUCAACUGCUCAUGGUGCAUACCUUAGCGGCCAGAGAGAAGCAAACAGAAUUUUGGAUACUUUGCAAUUAGAAAAGAAAAUUCAAUCUUAA